AUGGAACUGAAUAACGAAAAACUCAUGUUUCUUGGGCUUGCCCUUGCGGGGUGCUGUAUCGGGAAUGCUCACAUAAAUUACCGAAAACUUCACGACAAGUACGGCCCGAUUGUACGGACUGCACCGAAUGUGGUCGAUAUAUCCGACCCUGCCGUUAUCCCUUCCAUCUACGCCAUCGGCAGCAAGUUCGUCAAGUCUGCAUUCUACAACACUCUCGCCGUGAUACACGAUGACAAGUUGAUGCACAGCUUGUUUUCCACGAUGGAUCCAGAGGAGCACAAAGCGCUAAAGCGCCCGGUGGCUCAGAAAUUCUCCAUGACCUCCAUUCGAACAUUGGAGUAUCUGGUUGACCCCUGCAGCGAGAUGUUCAUCACCAGCAUGCAGGAACUAGAAGGGCAAGUCAUCGAUCUAGGAGCCUGGGUUCAAUGGUAUGCAUUUGAUGUUAUUGGAGCUAUUACCUUUUCUCGGCGCUUUGGAUUCAUGAAAAAUCGCAAAGACGUCAACGAUGUCAUCCAUGGGAUCGAGACGGGUCUCUGGUACGCUGGCCUGGUCGGACAAGUGCCGUCGCUUCAUUGGGGCCUUCUCGGCAACAUCACAUUCAGACGGUUCCUGGCCAAGGUGCUACCAGGGUUCAAAGACCCUAUCACCAUCGUCACAGAUAUGGUCUUGGAGCAAAUCGAGGACUACGACUCCAAAGCCCCCGCUGCCGACAGGGCCGAUUUUUUAGCAUACUUCCGAAAGCAGCAGCUCUCUACUGGAGUCCAAAUGGGCACUCGAGAGCUCAUGAAUCACUUGAUGAAUAACUUGUUGGCUGGAAGCGAUACCACUGCUAUUUCCCUACGAGCCGUCUUCUACUAUAUAAUCCAAGACAAGCGCGUGUAUCAGACUCUCCAACGGGAGAUUGACGAGGCUCACAAAUUAGGCAAACUCUCGCCUGUCAUCACGUAUGCCGAGAGCCUCCAGCUGGAAUAUCUGCAGCUCUGCAUGAAGGAGGCAUUGCGCAUGCAUCCCGGCGUCUCGUAUCCUCUCGAACGAGUAGUCCCGCAGGGCGGAACUAACUUGUGUGGAACACAUCUCCCAGCGGGAACCGUCGUGGGCGUGAACGCGGCCGUCAUCCAUCGCAAUCGCGACAUCUUUGGCGACGAUGCAGACCAAUUUCGGCCAGAGCGCUGGAUUUGCGACGAGGAGAAAAUUAAGCAGAUGGAUCGCAACCUGCUAACUUUCGGAGCGGGCGCUAGAACGUGCAUCGGGAAGAACAUUUCAAUUAUGGAGGUCGGGAAGUUUGUGCCUCAGAUCCUGCGGGCGUUCGACCUGGAGUGGGCAUCGAGCAAGCCGGAGUGGCAAGUGAAGACGUAUUGGUUCGCCAAGCAGACGGGGCUUCUCGUACGGUUUAAAUCGCGUCCCCAGAUUGGGCAGGAAGAAUGCGUUGGUGAAAAGAUACGCGAAGGCUGAUGUACGCAGUAGUAUCUUCAAAUGGGGGUGUUCAGUAUUGCAUCAGAUAGACCGCGUUCCGAGUCAUAUCUCCUCCCAGAUAUCGCUGCUCUCAAUCUUGUCAGACUCUCUAGAGGCAGAUAAGCCACACCUGAUGGAAUCUGGGGUAGAUGAGUCUGGGGUAUUCCAUUGCGG